AUGGGUGGUAAGAUAGAUAGAGAUGUCAACAAAAAUGGGGGACCACUAGUUUUCCGAAUACAUGGACAAAACUUCCACUACAUUGGUAGUCUUCUGCCGGUGGACGGGAAACGACCACAUUUUGCACAGUUAUAUAUCUAUGAUACUAAUAAUGAGAUAGUCAAUCGGCUCAGUUUCGUAAGGCCAGACGGUGAUCUUAGUGACAUCCAUGAAGAAAUUGUCAAGGAUAUUCAACAAGCGUUGGAUUCAGAUAAUGUGUUGGUCAAGUCCUUCAGAAUGGCCAGUUCAGAAAUAGAAAAAAAUCCGGUGGCUGGAUGGGUUGGAUACCCGGAUCUCUUUAUCACAUUCACAUGCAAUCCAAAGUGGCCGGAGGUUAAACGCUUCUUGACUGAUCGUAAUUUAAAACCGGAAGACCGGCCUGACAUAAUAUGCAGACUAUUCAAGAUGAAGUUGGAUGCUUUAAUUUCUGAAUGCAGGAAGAACAAGUUGUUCGGACCCGUCAUUGGAGUUAUCUAUACCAUCGAAUUUCAAAAGUGUGGUCUACCGCACGCUCAUAUACUUUUAUUUCUGGAUAAGCAACAACGAGCAUCACAUGGGAUACAUUUGGACAACAUAAUUUCUGCUAAGUUACCUGAUCCAAUACAAGAUCCAGAAUACUUCAAAUUAGUGGAUGAGUAUAUGAUGCACGGUCCUUGCGGUAGAGCUCAGUUGAAUUCUCCAUGCAUGGCUAAGGGUAAAUGUACUAAACACUUUCCCAAAAAGUUUGUUAAUGUUUCUAAUUUUGACGAUGAUGGCUAUCCUAUUUAUCGGAGACGUGACAAUGGUCGUUCUGUGGUGAGAAAUGGGAUUAAUUUGGACAAUCGCUAUGUGGUGCCACACAAUAGGCAUUUGUUGCUAAAGUAUAGAGGUCAUAUUAAUGUGGAAUGGUGCAACCAAUCCCGUUCUAUAAAUUACCUGUUCAAAUACGUCAACAAGGGUCACGACAGGGUCACCGCAGAGUUCUACCGCAGCAACAGCGAGGGAGAUGAACCGCAAGUGAUUGAAGAGAUAAGUAUGUAUUAUGAUUGUAGGUACAUAUCUCCAUGUGAAGCUGCCUGGCGUUUAUUUAGUUUUGAAAUACGGUUAAGAACACUAGCGGUUGAACGGUUAAGCUUUCACUUGCCCAAUCAACAGAGUGUAGUUUUUGCAGAUGAUGAUCCGGUUGAUAACAUACUCAGUCGACCAACUAUAUUACAAAGCAUGUUUUUGGAAUGGUUUGAGGCAAACAAAACAUACCCAGAAGCAAGGAAACUGACAUAUGCUAAAAUGCCAACGAAGUUUGUAUGGAAAAAGGAUAUUAGAAAAUGGCAUCCAAGGAAAAGAGGGUUUUCAAUAGGUAGAGUUUUCUAUGUGCCGCCUGGCAGUGGCGAGAUAUUCUAUUUGCGGUGUCUUUUGAAUAAAGUUCAAGGGCCUACAAGUUUUGCAGAUAUCAGAACAGUAAAUGGUGUGCAGUACGAAUCCUUUAGGGACGCGUGUUCAGCUAGAGGAUUAGUAGACGACGAUAAAGAGUAUGUUCAUGUUAUUGAAGAAGCAGGUCAGUGGGCCACAUCUGCAAAUUUGAGAAGAUUGUUUGUGACUUUGUUGAUGUCCAACUCAAUGUCAAAACCGGAAGUGGUGUGGGAAGCUACGUCGAACUAUUUGACUAAAGAUGCAGAAUUCCAUAUUAGACAACAGAAGGGACUUGGAGAUUUAAUUUUAUCUGAGGAUCAAAAAAAAAAUUAUGCACUUUCGGAGAUCGAACUACUUCUGACAACUAUGAGAAAGAGUUUGAAAGACUUUCCUUCAAUUCCCUCUCCUGAUUUACAGCUUCUGGACAGAUCAACCAAUAGGUUAAUACAAGAGGAAUUGUCAUAUGACAUUAAUGCAAUGAAGGCAGAGAAUGAUAGUUUGGUGGACCAACUCACUGAAGAGCAAAAACAAUAUAUGAUAACUCAAAGCAGUCCGUUGGCACACUUAAUAAUGCAAAGUCGGUUGAUCAUUUGGGAUGAGGCACCAAUGAUGCAUAAAUUUUGCUUUGAAGCUUUGGACCGAACUAUGCAAGAUCUACUGCGUGUUCAAAAUCCAAGAAGCUUUGAAAUGACAUUUGGUGGGAAAACCGUUGUGUUAGGUGGAGACUUCAAACAAAUUUUACCAGUAAUUCCAAAGGGGACCAGGCAAGAUAUAGUGGGUGCAAGUAUAAAUUCAUCAUAUCUUUGGAGAAGCUGUAAAGUAUUUAGGCUUACAAAGAAUCUGCGGCUUAAAGCAUUGCAAUCAGAGUCUAGAGUUCAAGAGAUUGAAGAAUAUGCAAAGUGGAUUGCUAAUAUAGGUGACGGAACUAUUGGUGAUUCGUUGGAUGGUGAAUGUGAGAUCAACAUUCCAGAAAAAUUCUUACUCAGGUCGGUGGAGGAUCCUAUUUCUACGAUUGUUGAUAGCAUAUUCCCGGGGUUUCGUAAUGGAAUUCGAGAUGUCAAAUAUCUAAAAGACUGUGCAAUUUUGGCACCAACUUUGGACGUGGUAGAUAACAUCAAUGAAUACAUGAAUGAAUUUAAUACUACCGAAGGAAUGACAUAUCUAAGCUGUGAUUCGGUGUGCAAAUCGGAUUCCAAUGUUGACAUGCUUGCUGAUCUACACACACCGGAGUUUUUAAAUGGAUUACGAUGUUCUGGAGUGCCAAAUCACUCAUUGACUUUAAAAGUUGGAUCACCCGUUAUGCUAUUGAGAAAUAUUGAUCACUCAUUGCGGUUGUGCAAUGGUACAAGAAUGAUCAUUUCAAAGUUGGCUACACAUGUUUUAGAAGCGCAAAUAUUGACCGGAACAACUGCUGGUACAAAGGUUUUAAUACCAAGGAUGUCCUUAACACCGUCAGAUCCUAGAUUGCCUUUUAAGUUUCAAAGAAAACAAUUUCCGCUAAUGUUGUCAUAUGCCAUGACAAUAAACAAAAGUCAGGGUCAAACAUUGUCAAACGUCGGUUUAUUUUUGAAGAGGCCGGUAUUUAAUCACGGACAACUAUAUGUAGCAGUGUCAAGGGUUAGUAAUCCUAGCGGAUUAAAAAUGUUGAUUUGUGAUGAAAAUGUACAAUCCAAAAAUACGACUACAAAUGUCGUAUAUAAAGAACUUUUCAAUAAUGUGUAA